AUGGACCCGUCAGUUAGUCAAUUGACUUUACUAUUAAGAAAACACAAAAUUAUCGGCACUCCAACCACCCCAAUCACUCUUAAAGAAAAUACUAGAACAGAAGCUAUCAAUCAACUUCAAAAUCAUCAAUUCUUUAAUCAAUUACGUGAAUGUGAAGAAAUGGGUAUUAGUCUUGGUUAUGAUGACGUAAUCGAGUACACAUCAGAUUUAUCUCUUUCACCUACUGAAGAAGAGAAAGAACUUGGAUCUCUUCUACAACUAACCUGUCAGAACAUGCUCCACUCCUUCUUUCUCUGCCAGCAAGGCUCUCACUUCUAUCUGCAUCUGAAAUACACUGAUAGUCUAGCUGAUAAGAUAAUUACUGGUCCUGUUGUGACUUCUAAAAAGGACACUCCCGAAUCAAAGAGAUUCAAAGAUAUCUGGGGCGAUCAAGUAGAACACCGCCGAUUUGAAGAUGGUAAAAUCCGAGUCUGCGUUUCUUUCCUACCUAAGGCCCUUCAUAAUUUGCCCUACCUUCUUCUUACUCGUUUGUUUCGACUGAAAACCAUUGAUGGAACCAUUAAGCAUACUACGGCUAAAAGAAGUGGCCGAUUUCUUAAUCCAGUCUUCUCCGUAGAAGAGUUUGAUUAUCGCUAUGCCACCUUCAACCGGCCAAGUACUAUUGAGUCCAUUCAUCGCACUAUCUCUCGGCUUACGGAAUCCAAUCCUAUCAAAAUCCAAGAAGUAAGUCUAACUGGGGGUUUAUCUCGUGGUACUAAACCGGCCCAGAUGGAAAGGUGUGCAGUAUACUUAAAAGUAGCCCCUGGACAUCGCUGGCCUGUUGAUGAUCCUGAACUCUUCUCUUCGGCACUAACAGCACUUAAUGGUGUACUAGGGAAGAGUCUUCAGUCAAAGAGCAGAGUUGAAGGUUUGACUCAGCAUGAAACUCUGUAUGCCCAAUUAGUUGGUGAAGAUACCGAGUUUAUCUUUGAUAUUGAAGAGGAAAAACCACAAAACUUAUCUAAAUACGAUCUGAUGAAUUUUAGAUUGGCUUAUGAACGGUUUUUCAAAGCAAUCACUCGUAAACAUCCUAUCUUUCCCAAAACAUGUGUCCUAAUGAAACAAUUCCUACUAGCUCAUGGUUUAUAUCCCUAUUACUUUAAUGAUAUUGCUGUAGAGGUUCUCUGUUUAAGAAGUGCUCUGCACUGUACAACUCUGGCCAGUGGAUUUAAAGCCGUUAUUACUACUAAGUACAACCAUGGAUACCAGAUUAAUAUCCGAAGAGGAAGAUGGAAAUUCACUCCUAAACCCACUGGCACUCUACUUUUCACUCAUGAUGCCGGUCUCUUUACUCAAGCUUUACCACCAGUUGAUGUAUUUGCUAGGUGCAAUGAUCUUUUCCGACAGACCACGGCUAUUAUUGAAGCAUCGCCUGGUCUAGAUAUCAAUCUUAUUCCUACCAAAACCUUCCAAUCUAUCUUUGUGCCUUGCAGUGCCGGUACUGCCUUUGCCCUAAGUAGUACUCCAGCACCCGACUAUACAGAAAUCAAUCACUACCAGAAAAGUCUAGGUGGUUGCCAGAACACCCACAAUACUAGUUCAUCUUCCCAGGCCUUCACUACUCUACGUGCACUAGGCGCCUUUCCCUACUUCUGUGGCACCACCAAGAUCUUUGUUUACCACCACGACUCUACUACUUUACCAUUAGUCAUUGGCACGGCCAUUCUCCUAACCGGCAUGCAGUACAUUAGAACUUCCCUGCCCUCUUAA